UUCUUGCCUUCAUCUUCUGGCUCGGCUCAGACGCCUCGUUUCCAUUUUCCGCUCUUUCCUGAUGUGCUGAUCCUCUCACUCGUUUCUUGCCAUCUCUGGAGCAGAGCGGAGGGAUGCACCCAUUCUUUCUUUGCGUUUUCUAUUAUUAUUUAAAGAAUCUUUUGCAAAAAAAGGCAAUUGUUUGUUUAAUAUGCUACUAACAGUUGGAGUACGUUCAUCCUGGGUUAGUCAACAAACCUUCACGUUACCACUGCUGGCCGGUGCACGCACAAGCACUGCACAUGGACGCCUGAUGGCUAGUACUAUAUUUGUUUCUGCGCGCACGCAUCCAUGGGCUCACGGCGUUUCUAUCCCCGCAGCGCCGCCGCCGUCGAGGAGCUCGAGCUGCUCGCCCCGAGGGCCUUCGCGGGCGCCGGAAUGGACCGCCACGACCUGGGCGCCUCCGGCGAGAUCGAGAAGACGCCGCGCGAGGCCGCGCCGGACAUGGAGUCGGAGCCGGCGGCGGCGGCGGCGCGCGCGGCGGAGCGCGUGCCGCCGUGGCGCGAGCAGGUGACGGCCCGCGGGAUGGUGGCGGCGCUGCUCAUCGGCGUGGUGUACACCGUGAUCGUCAUGAAGCUCAGCCUCACCACGGGGCUCGUCCCCACGCUCAACGUCUCCGCCGCGCUGCUCGCCUUCCUCGCGCUACGCGGCUGGACGCACGCGCUCCACCGCCUCGGCAUUGCCUGCCGCCCCUUCACCCGCCAGGAGAACACCGUCGUCCAGACCUGCGCCGUCGCCUGCUACACCAUCGGCUUCGGCGGUGGGUUCGGGUCCUUCCUGCUGGGGCUGGACAAGAAGACGUACGAGCUGUCCGGGGUGAACACGCCGGGCAACGUGCCGGGGAGCUACAAGGACCCCGGCAUCGGCUGGAUGAUGGGCUUCCUCCUCGCCAUCAGCUUCGUCGGCCUCCUCACCCUGCUCCCUCUCAGAAAGGUACUGGUGAUCGACUACAAGCUAACCUACCCAAGUGGGACUGCCACUGCCGUCCUCAUAAACGGAUUCCACACACCUCAAGGAGAUAAGAAUGCAAGGCAGCAGGUCCGUGGGUUCCUCAAGUACUUUGGGAUCAGCUUCUUCUGGAGCUUCUUCCAGUGGUUCUACACCGGCGGCGACGUCUGCGGCUUCCUCCAGUUCCCCACCUUCGGGCUAAAAGCUUGGAAGCAAACAUUUUUCUUCGACUUCAGCCUGACGUAUGUUGGCGCCGGGAUGAUCUGCUCGCACCUCGUCAACCUCUCCCUCCUCUUCGGCGCCGUCCUCUCCUGGGGCGUAAUGUGGCCGCUCAUGAGCAAGCAGGAGGGGAAGUGGUAUUCAGCCAAGGCAUCUGCGAGCAGCAUGUCAGGCCUGUACGGCUACAAGGCCUUCCUCUGCAUUGCGCUGCUCAUUGGCGACGGCUUCUACAACUUCCUCAAGGUCAUCCUCGUCACCCUCAAGAGCAUACACGAGAAAUCGCAGCGCGGCCGUCUCAACAGAGUGGCGGAUGAGGACUCGGUGGCCAUCGACGACCUGCAGCGCAACGAGGUGUUCAACAGGGACAACAUCCCGGCCUGGGUGACCUACGCCGGGUACGCGCUGCUCAGCGCCAUAGCCGUGGUGGCCAUCCCGCUCAUGUUCCGGGAGGUGAAGUGGUACUUCGUGGUGAUCGCGUACCUGCUGGCGCCGGUGCUCGGGUUCUGCAACGCCUACGGCACCGGGCUGACCGACAUGAACAUGGGAUACAACUACGGCAAGGUGGCGCUCUUCGUGUUCGCGGCGUGGGCGGGGAAGGACAACGGCGUGGUGGCCGGGCUGGUCACCUGCGGCCUGGUGAAGCAGCUGGUGCUCGUGUCCGCCGACCUCAUGCACGACUUCAAGACGGCGCACCUGACGCUGACGUCGCCGCGGUCGAUGCUGGUGGGGCAGGCCGCGGGCACGCUCAUGGGCUGCGUCGUGGCGCCGCUCACCUUCUUCCUCUUCUACGAGGCCUUCGACGUGGGCAACCCGGACGGGUACUGGAAGGCGCCCUACGCGCUCAUCUACCGCAACAUGGCCAUCCUCGGCGUGGAGGGCUUCUCGGCGCUGCCGCAGCACUGCCUGCAGCUCUGCGCGGCGUUCUUUGCCUUCGCCGUGCUGGCUAACCUGGCGAGGGACUUCCUGCCGCGGCGGCUCGGGAGGUUCGUUCCGCUGCCCAUGGCCAUGGCCGUGCCGUUCCUCGUCGGCGCCAGCUUCGCCAUCGACAUGUGCGUGGGGAGCCUCGUGGUGUUCCUCUGGCACUGGCUCGACGGGAAGAAGGCUGCGCUGCUCAUUCCGGCCGUCGCCUCGGGCCUCAUCUGCGGCGACGGGAUAUGGAUUUUCCCGUCGUCGCUGCUCGCGCUGGCCAAGAUCAAGCCGCCGAUGUGCAUGAAGUUCACGCCCGGAAGCUAGAGAGAGGAUCCAUACAACGUCAGAUUACAUAGGCGGUCUGCAUAUAGAAGAAGCAAAUAACCAGAGCAUUCCAUUUUGGGGUGGCCAUUACGGUACAUAGAGUGAUGCCGGGUAAAUCCGGCGACUUGUUCAUAUGAGUCUAGACUCUAGGGAGUCGUGUAUACUGUACAUCAGCAGAGAUGUCAAAUUUUCAGAGCGACGAGAACAAUUGCUUGUUGUCGCCUACAGACUACAAAGAAUAUGGUGCCUUA